AUCUGUGCACGAUGAAGGGCACUAGUGGUUGGUGAUCAUAAAAACAAGUGCCUUCACCCUUCAUACAUUUAACCCAGGUAGCAAACUGGUUUUAUUGCUGUUUUUCUAAUCACUUUUGGCUAUUAAUUAGCUACGGAUGACUCGCCAAAAUAGGGACCGAAAACUGAACUCACAGACUUGUCGCUCGGUGAAGUUGUCUCCGGGAGCGCCCGCUAAGCAGGUUUGUUUACAUGGGGAAUCAGGAAGGGACUGCCUGCAAAUGCUAACGUGCCCGCUAGCUCCGUUGUGCAACGUUCGUUCAUCUGACAGUGUUGACCUUGCAGUGGUUAAGAUGGCUAAUAUAAGUUAUCAUUACAGCAACAGUCGAUUGAACUGUGAUUAACUGUUUGAACAGUCUGUUCAAUGGUAGAUUGAAAAUUUUAUUUAGCCAACCAGUUAAAGUUAAUCUGCUAGCGGUAACACGAUAGGUCGAUUUCAGUGAUAGCUAACGUUAGCUACGUUCAAUGACAGUUAACAUUACUACUAGCUAGUGCUAUUUUUGUUUUGAUACGUGACUAGCCGCCUAGUAGCUACUUAUCUAGCCAAACCACACUAUGUCUUGAUUAUACUUUGUUUCAGUGAUCAACUAACGUUAACGUUACAUACAUCGUUAUGCCUCAUCACAUUUAUGUGCCUCCCAGGCAAGGCAGAAUGUCAGUGUCACUGUCAGUAUUAUUGGCGGUCGGAUGAUGAUGUCGUCGAGUGAUAUCCUUUAAAAUUCUGGGUGAGAAUGUAAUUAUGUAACUGUUGUUUUUUAAUCUUUCCAUAGUUAUGGAUGCAUUAGGGUCCUGAUUGAACACACACAUCAUGGCAACGGAGGCUGCAGUCUCCACCCCUGGUCGUCCUGCGAUCCCCAACCACACUCAGGGGGAUUAUCACUUUGUCCGCUCCUUCGUAGCUGGAGGUAAGGGUGGCUGCAGACUUCACUAGUGAUUAUAAUGCAGAAAUGCAAUACAGAACAUACAGUAGUACACAUCUAAUGACACAAAUCCUGGUUCUGAUGAGCUGCAUGCAUGGUGUGCAGGCUUUUUUGUCCAGCAAUAACGGACUACUAUAAUCUAAAUCAGGGAUGGGCAACUUUGAUGGGGGUGGAGGCCAUGUAUGAACAUGUCGAUUACCUACACUAUAUAUGCAAAAGUAUGUGGACACCCCUUCAAAUGAGUUGUUUCGGCUAUUUCAGCCACACCCAUUGCUGACAGGUGUUUAAAAUCGAGCACACAGCCAUGCAAUCUCCAUAGACAAACUGCUGUUGCACAACCAAAUUUCGAAAUUGCACCUUGUGUAUUCUACUAUUCUAACUUUCAACAGUAAGUUGAAACCCCAACCUGAGUUUGAAAAAAAUUAUCUGAGGGCCUUCAAAAGGUGGGCUGCCCAUGGGCCGCCAGAUGCCAAUCCCUGAUCUAAAAUAAUGGCUUAACCUCACCAGAGAUCCAGAAAAUAAAUAGAUAUAGGCUAGGGUUGAAUAGCUGGAACUGGGUUAUGGAGAUUCACAGAGAUUUCCCACCAAAACCCACUCCCUUUUCCCGGAGUAAAUAACUGCGAGAAACUGGUAAAUUAUAAUUAUUUAUUUUAACAGCAUGAUGUGAAAUGGAACUGUUAAAUUAUAGGGAGUGGUUAUGGAUACAGAGUUUCUGUUUCUCAAUUUGCCCAGACAAAAAAUACGGAUAUUUCAGUGCAUUUGCAGGUUAUUUUUUUAACGUAGCUGAGUUCCCACUCCGCUGCCUACGUAGCUGCAGUGCAGAGUGCUCCACUGCCGCUCCCACCUCCUUGGUCGCUUUUGUCUGGUCACUGAUGUAGCCUACAAACUUCAUGUUAAACACACAACUGUUAAAACUUACUGCAUUCCAUGCCUCAGUAAAAAUAAGCGCGAGUUCAUGUUAUUCUUUCAGGAGGGGAGUAGGGUACAUGCAGCUAUUUUACAUGUUUUACACAAAAUACACUACAUGGUCAAAAGUAUGUGAACAUCUGCUCGUCGAACAUCUCAUUCCAAAAUCAUGGGCAUUAAUAUGCAGUUGGUCCCCCCUUUGCUGCUAUAACAGCCUCCACUCUUCUGGGAAGGCUUUCCACUAGAUGUUGGAACAUUGCUGCGGGGACUUACUCCCAUUCAGCCACAAGCAUUAGUGAGGUCCAAAGGUGGAAAGCACAGAAUUGUCUAGAAUGUCAUUGUAUGCUGUAGCAUUGAUUUCCCUUCACUGGAACUAAGGGGCCUAGCCCGAACCAUGAAAAACAGCCCCAGACCAUUAUUCUUCCUCCACCAAACUUUACAGUUUAUACAUGGCACUAUACAUUCGGGCAGGUAGCGUUCUCCGCCAAACCCAGAUUCGUCCGUCGGAGUCCAAUGGCGUCGAGCUUUACACCUGUCCAGCCGACACUUGGCAUUGCACAUGGUGAUCUUAGGCUUGUGUGCGGCUGCUCGGCCAUGGAAAUCUAUUUCAUGAAGCUCCCGACGAACAGUUAUUGUGCUGAAGUUGCUUCCAGAGGCAGUUUGGAACUCGGUAGUGAUUGUUGCAACCAAGGACAGAUUAUUUUUACGCGCUACGCGCUUGAGCACUCGGCGGUCCUGUUCUGUGAGCUUGUGCGGCCUACCACUUCGUGGCUGAGCCGUUGUUGCUCGUAGACGUUUCCACUUCACAAUAACAGCACUUACAGUUGACCGGGGCAGCCCUUGCAGAGCUGAAAUUUGACAAACUGACUUGUUGGAAAGGUGGCAUCCUAUGACGGUGCCACGUUGAAAGUCACUGAGCUCUUCAGUAAGGCCAUUCUACUGCCAAUGUUUGUCUAUGCAGAUUGCAUGGCUGUGUGCUCGAUUUUAUUCACCUGUCAGCAAGGGUGUGGCUGAAAUAGCUGAAUCCACUAAUUUGAAGGGGUGUCCACAUACUUUUAUAUAUAUAUAUAUAGUGUACGUUAUCGACAUGUUCGUACAAACUUUGUUGUCAGUAUUACAAACAUAAGCAUGACACAAACAGGCAGUCUAGCGAUUACAUUUUAUUCUUAGCUGCUGAGUUACAUGCAGCUAUUUACUCUCGCCACGAUAUCAGCAUAUAUGGCAUAACUAUGGCACCGGGCGACGCAAAACGAACUCGCCCAUUGUCAGACUCUUUUUACCGGUCUGGAUGCACGCACGGCUACCUAGAAUGUUCGACUGCCCAGAGGUGGAACGCAGCAAGAGACAGACACGCAGUGUAAUUAGUGAUGGAAUGUAAUUUUUUCAUCAUCAUUGCAAACAUUGGCUAAGCUGCGCAGGAGGCAGACAGGCAGUCAAGUAGUGUUAUUUUUUCAGGAACUACGAUAUGGCAGCAGCUAUAAAGAUUAUCUUACAUCAUCACAAAAUGUGUCAAAAGUGUAGGGACUGCGUCCUGCUUGUCAACUGCAAUAUCCGUUACAACAGACAGACAGAGAAGGUUGUAGCCUUCAUAAAGUAUUCACACCCCUUUACUUUUUCCACAAUUUGUCGUGUUACAAGGUGCGAUUAAAAUUUAUUUAAUUGUCUUUUUUUGUCAACGAUGUACACAAAAUACUCUAAUGUCGAAGUGGAAGUCAUCCAGCUCCUGAGGUAGCAAAGCAUCCUCAAACCAUCACACUACCACCACCAUGCUUGACCGUUGGUGUAAGGUUCUUACUGUGGAAUGCAGUGUUUGGUUUUUGCCAGGUAUUAUGGGACCCAUGUCGUCCAAAAAGUUAUACUUUUGACUCAUCUGUCCAUAGAACAUUCUUCCAAGAGUCUUGAUGAUCAUCCAGAUGCUUCCAGGUGCUUUUUGGGAAACUUGAGUCAACUUUUUGGCCUCACGUCCAGAACGACUUGCCUUAAGAGAAGGAACUAGAAUUCUGCUCUUUAUCAGAUAAUUCUACAGGAGAAUGUCAAGCCAGCCGUCUGUGAGCUGAAGCUGAAGCGCAGCAGGGUCAUGCAGCAAGACAAUGAUCUAAAACACACAAUCCAGUCUAAAUGAAAGUGGUUAAAAAGCAACAAAUUGGAAGUUUUGGAAUGGCCUAGUCAAAGUCCCGACCUAAUCCCAAUUGAGAUGUUGUGGCAGGACUUGAAACGAGCAGUUCAUGCUUGAAAACCCACAAAUGUCGCUGAGUUACAGCAGUCCUGCAUGGACAAAUGGGCAAAAAUUCCUCCACAGCAAUGUAAGAGACUGAUCAACAACUACAGAAAGCAUUUGGUUGCAGUCAUUGCAGCUAAAGGUGGCACAAUCAGUUAUUGAUGAGUGUAAGAAGGAAAUUACUUUUUCACACAGGGGAAUUAUAACUUUUUUUGUUAUUUGUAAACUCAGGUUCCCUUUAUCUAAUAUUAGGUCUUGGUUGAAGAUCUGAUAACAUUCAGUAUAAAAAAUAUGCAAAAAUAGAGAAAAUCAGAAAGGGGGCAAAUACUUUUUCAUGGCACUGUAUGUAAACUUAGUAAUAAUCAUGGUGGAAUUACCGGCCAGGGGGCCCCCAUUGAUUUUGUUAGUCAGCCUCACUCAGAUAUCAUGUAAAAAAAUGCAAACAUUUCUCUCCACCCUAUGGCAAAAUGUGUAGAAUUGCAGGAAAUUAGCAGUAUUUUGUUUUCUAAUGAUCAUUAUUUUUUUUGUCAAAGAAGUUCAAUUGAAUUCAUCACUGCUGAAGUGAAGGCCAACUUCACUUGGGGAAUGCUGUUUUUUCGUUAGCUUUGCGACAGUAUAAAACAUUAAUUUAGGAUUGUUUUAUUCUCCACAAUCAGUUUGUAAAAGUAAGUUGAUCGAGCAGCAGAGAGGGCUUUUGGACAAUGCAUGGUACUGUCCUUCCAAGCUAGUCGGAUUUGUCAGACUUCCAAUUUGGUGGAGCGCAAUUUCCGUUCCAAUUUUCUGGAAGUUUGCUUCAGGGCUCAGGCAUUUUCUGUAUACCAGGCAGCUAGUUUCUUGUGACAAUUUGUUAUUGUUUUUAGCAGGUGCGACCCCAUCUAGGGUAUUACACAAGGUUAAGUUUAGAUCCUCGGUUAGGUGGUUAACAGAUUUUUGUACUCCGACGUCCUUGGGUAGGUGAAGGGAGUCUGGAAAGGCAUCUAGGAAUCUUUGUAUUUGUAUUUAUUAAGGAUCCCCAUUAGCUGCUGCCAAGGCAGCAGCUACUCUUCCUGGGGUCCAGCAAAAUUAAGGCAGUUAUAUACAAUUAAAAAUAUUACAUGACAUUACAUUUCAUAACACAUUUCACAACACAUUAAGUGUGUUCCCUCAGGCCACUACUCUACUAUCACAUAUCUACAUUACAAAAUCCAUGUGUGUGUAGAGUGCAUGUCUUAUCAUGUGUAUGUGUGCCUGUGUGUGUGUCUCUUCACAGUCCCUGCUGUUCAUAAGGUGUAUUUUUAUCUGUUUUUUAAAAUCUGAUUCUACUGCUUGCAUCAGUUAUCUGAUGUGGAAUAGCGUUCCAUGUAGUCAUGGCUCUAUGUAGUACUGUGCUCCUCCCAUAGUCUGUCCUUGACUUGGGGAUUGUGAAGAGACCUUUGGUGGCAUGUCUUGUGGGGUAUGCAUGGGUGUCCGAGCCGUGUGCUAGUAGUUUAGACAGACACCUCGGUGCAUUCAGCCUGUCAACCCUUCUUACAAAAACAAGUAGUGGUGAAGUCAAUCUCUCCUCCACUUUGAGCCAUGAGAGAUUGACAUGCAUAUUAUUAAUGUUAGCUCUCCGUGUACAUUUAAGGGCCAGCCGGGCUGCCCUGUUCUGAGUCAAUUGUAAUUUUCCGAGGUCCCUCUUCGUGGCAACUACUGUUACGACUGAACAGUAGUCCAGGUGCAACAAAACUAAAAGGCAGAGCAGUGCUUUAUUAUGGACAGACUUCUCCCCAUCUUAGCUACUGUUGUCCGAGAAUUUACAGCGCGCUUUUGAUAGUUCUUGGUUGGGGUCUAACCAAAUUAUUUGUUGCGAUUGCAAACGUAAUAAGAUCGUGGUCCGAUAGUCCAGGAUUGAGGAAGAACAUUUAGAUCCACUAUCUAUUUCACGGGACAAAACUAGAUCCAUGACAAGUCCAAAGUGAUGUAUACUGAACAAAAAUAUAAACGCAACGUGCAACAAUUUCAACGAUUUUACUGAGUUACAGUUCAUAUAAGGAAGUCAGUCAAUUGAAAUAAAUAAAUUAGGCCCUAAUCUAUGGAUUGAAGGGACAUAGGCCCACCCAGUCGGCAGCCAGGCCCACCCACUGGGGAUCCAGGCCCAGCCAAUCAGAAUGAGUUUUUCCCCACAAAAGGGCUUUAUUACAGACAUAAAUACUCCUCAGCACCCCCCCACUUUACAUGUUGCGUUUAUAUUUUUGUUCAGUGUAAUAUACACUAAUCCAAACUAACACGUCUAGAUUCUGGUUUGAGCAAACUUGCAUCUAAUCAUCUGCAGAUUAAUUUAAUGUUAAUUUUACUCAGUCCAGCUCAGAUAUGCUCAUGUUGAAGGUGUCUGUAUCUGUUGUCUGGAUGUGUUUAGGUAUAGCUGGAUGCUGUGCCAAGUCCACCAUCGCUCCUCUGGACAGAGUGAAGAUCUUAUUGCAAGCCCACAGCCCCCACUACAAAGACCUGGGUAAGGUCUGGAUAACUCUGCUGCUUUGAAUUGAGUAUUCCUCUACCUGUAAACAUGUGUGUGGGUUGUCAAUUGGUUUGUCAGUGCCACUCAUGUAUCCCCCCUCCCAUGUGAAUGUUGUAUCAUGUGGCGUUUAAAUAAUCUGAGAUGUUUUAUCUUCUUCUUCUACCAGAUGGCACCGAAAACAAAACAAUGACAUCACACUGAUCUUUCUUCUUUUUGUUCUUUGCUCUCUCUCCCCUCCCUCUCUCUCUCCCCUCCUCUCCCCUCCCUCUCUCCCUCUCCCUCUCCCUCUCUCCCCUCCCUCUCUCUCUCCCUCUCCCCCCCUCCCUCUCUCUCUCCCGCUCCCCCUCUCCCCUCCCUCUCCCUCUCUCCUCUCUCUCCUGUAGGAGUGGUAGCCACUCUCCGUGCUGUGCCAAAGAAGGAGGGUUACCUUGGGCUGUAUAAAGGCAAUGGGGCUAUGAUGGUCAGGAUAUUCCCCUAUGGAGCCAUCCAGUUCAUGGCCUUUGACAAAUACAAGAAGAUACUCAGUAAACAGCUGGGCAUCUCUGGACACAUCCACAGGCUCAUGGCAGGUUCUAUGGCAGGUGAGAGAAGAUCAGUGGGAAGAAUCCAAAAAAGAAAAUGGGAGGCCUGUAUAAUGCAGAGAAGAUACUUCCUAAUUUCUGGUUAUUUUUCAACAACAAUAGUUUCCACAAUAGAUUCAACAAAACAACAACCGUUGUUAAGUAUAUUGUAUCUGACCAUGUUAUUGUUGUUGUUGUGUUGCUCAGGGAUGACAGCUGUGAUAUGUACGUACCCUCUGGAUGUGAUCAGAGCCCGUCUGGCAUACCAGGUGAAAGGACACCAUCGCUACACAGGCAUCGGAAAUGCCUUCCAGACUAUAUACCUAAAGGUAUGCUAGUUUGUUCUAACCUAUCCCUUAAUUUGUUCCUCUCAGUUUCAAAUUAAAGCUGUUAUUUGAGAGGUGUGCAGGUUUCCCUCCUGUGUUUGUGUUUAUCUUGAAUUGAGGCUCAGUUGUUGGUGUUCUCUUUUUAAAGGAAGGAGGCAUCCCUGGCUUCUACAAGGGUCUGAUCCCAACCCUUAUAGGCAUGGCUCCAUACGCAGGUGAGCAUGCACAAACACGCGCACACACAGUGUUGUCAAUAACUUUCUGUGGAGUUUUGUGGGCCUCAUUUCUUCUGCCCUUCCUCCCUCCUUCCUUCAGGGUUCUCGUUCUUUACCUUCGGCACGUUGAAGAGUCUGGGUCUGGCCCACUUCCCAGAGCUCCUGGGGCGACCGUCCUCAGAUAACCCAGAGGUGAUGGUGCUGAAGACCCACGUCAACCUCCUCUGUGGAGGGGUAGCUGGAGCUAUCGCACAGACCAUUUCGUAGGUUGAUUGAUUGAUUGGGUGUUUGACUGAUGGAUUAAUUGGUUUUAAAGACCUAUGUCAACUGCUCUGUGGAGGGGUGGUUAAUUGUUUGAUUGGUUGGUCGAUCGAUUUGGUUGGUUAACUAAUUUGCUCUCUUUCUCUCUCCCUCUCCCUGUCCCCCCCUCCUUGUCCCCCCCCCUUCUCUUCCCUGUCUCCUCUCCCAGCUAUCCUUUGGAUGUUGCCAGGAGAAGGAUGCAGUUAGGAGUGGUGCUUCCUGACUCUGACAAAUGUCUGUAAGUGGCACUAUUUACCCCUUCCUCUCCAAACCCAGAGCUCAUAUUACAAAAUGAAGUGCUGAUCUAGGAUCAGGUUUCCCUUUCCAUAUAAUCUAAUUCAUUAUGAUCUAAAAGGCAAAAGGACCCUGUGCUAGACUUAGGGGGUAUACUGUAUAUACCGUGUACCGGGGUAUUUUAAAAUACCAACAGUAUGAUUUUCAAUACCAUCCCCAAUUUUUAUUAUUUAAUUUUUUAUUCACAAAUUCAAUUGAACCAGUCACAUGGUAUGUUUGUCUACAAAGAGCACAUGGAGCAAAUGGAAGUUUCGUGACCUGAAGAUCCACUGUUGUGCAGCGGAAGAAAGAGAUGUGAUCAAGUUACACUUGAAAUUCACUACUAAUGUUUACUAGCAAAAUAUCUUAUAACUAUAAGUUAACUAUCUAAGAUGUGCCAAACAAAUGUUCUCCAGUCAGAGCUCCAGCUAUGCAUUUGGUUUGCUAACUUGCUAGCUAGAGGUGGCUAGCUUGCAAGAUCAAGCUUCUUGGUUACAGCAGAGACAAUCAUCCCCUCCUGGAUCAAGUGUGAGUAGCCUUUUGAGAUAGUUGUAUAACUUUAUGAGCUGGGUUGUCUGUCCUUGCAAUCACAUUAUGUUCGCUUGCGCUUGUUAGCAUUUAGCUAGCGUCCGCUAUGGGAAUUCACUAGUACUUUGCUAGUACCUUCAGAAAGUAUUCACACCCCUUGACCUUUUCUACAUUUUGUUGUGUUCAGGUGAAAGUUCAAGAGUAAAAAUGUGUUUAACAAGUCACAUAAUAAAUUGCAUUUACUCCCUCUUUGUGCAAUAAUAGUGUUUAACAUGAUUUUUGAAUGACUACCUCAUCUCUGUACCCCACACAUACAAUUAUCUGUAAGGUACCUAAGUCGAGCAGUGAAUUUCAAACACAGAUUCAACCACAAAGACAAGGGAGGUUUUCCAAUGCCUCGCAAAGAAGGGCACCUAUUGGUAGAUGGGUAAAAAUAGAAAAGCAGACAUUGAAUAUCCCUUUGCGCAUGGUGAAGUUAUUAAUUGCACUUUGGAUGGUGUAUCAAUGCACCCAGUCACUACAAAGACACAGACGUCCUUCCAAACCCGCUCAGGGAUUUCACCAAUGGUGACUUUAAAACAGUUACAAAGUUGAAUGGCUGUGAUAGGAGAAAACUGAGAAUGGAUCAACAACAUUGUAGUUACUCCACAAUAAUAACCUAGUUGACAGAGUGAAAAGAAGGAAGCCUGUACAGAAUACAACUAUUCUAAAACAUGCAUCCUGUUUGCAACAAGGCACUAAAGUAAUACUGCAGAAAAUGUGGCAAAGACAAUAUACAAAGUGUUAUGUUUUGGGCAAAUCCUAUACAACACAUUACAGAGUACCUCUCCCCAUAUUUUCUCCAUAUUUUCAAGCAUAGUGGUGGCUGCAUCAUGUUAUGGUAUGCUUGUAAUCGUUAAAGACUGGGGAGUUUUUCAGGAUAAAAAAUUUACGGAAUAGAGCUAAGCACAGGCAAAAUCCUAGAGGAAAACCUGGUUCAGUCUGCUUUCCACCAGACACUGGGAGAUGAAUUCACCUUUCAGCAGGACAAUAACCUAAAACACAAUGCCAAAUCUACACUGGAGUUGCUUACCAAGAAGACAGUUUAUGUUCCUGAGUGGCCGAGUUACAGUUUUGACUUAAAUCUACUUGGAAAUCUAUGGCAAGACCUGAAAAUGGUUGUCUAGCAAUGAUCAAUAACUAAUUUGACAGAGCUUGAAGAAUUUUGAAAUGAAUAAUGGGCAAAUGUUGCACAAUCCAGGUGUGGAAAGCUCUUAGAGACUUACCCAGAAAGAAUCACAGCUGUAAUCACUGCCAAAGGUGAUUCUAACAUGUAUUGACUCAGGGGGUUGAAUACUUAUGUAAUCAAGAUAUGUUUUUCUUUUUCAUAUUUUUUUCCCAAAGUUUGCCUGUGCUUAACCCUAUUCCGUUUAUUUUUAUCAUAUAAAACUCAUGUUAGAAUUAAUGUUAGAAAUGUUCUUCCACUUGUGACAUUACAGAGUAUUUUGUGUAGCUCGUUGACAAAAAAUGACAAUGAAAUCCAUUUUAAUCCCACCUUUUAACACAACAAAAUGUGGAAAAGUUGAGGGGUGUGAAUACUUUCUGAAGGCACUGUAUAUGCUUCUACAAAGUAUUAGAUAUUUCUGUAUUUAGUUUUCAAAAAAUUUGCUAAAAUGUUGAAAUAUGUUUUCACUUUGUGAUUAUGGGGUAUUGUGUGUAGAUGGGUGAGAAUUGUUCAUUUGUAAUCCAUUUUGAAUUCACGCUGUAACACAACAAAAUGAGGAAUAAGUCAAGGGGUAUGAAUACUUUCUGAAGGCACUGUAUAUAUACACUGAGUGUACAAAAACAUUAGGAACACCUGCUCUUUCCAUGACAAAUACUGACCAGGUGAAUCCAGGUGAAAGCUAUGAUCCCUUUUGAUGUCACCUGUUAAAUCCACUUCAAUCAGUGUAGAUGAAGGGUAGGAGACAGGUUAAAGAAUGAUUUUUCUUAGCCUUGAGACAUGGAUUGUGUAUGUGUGCCAUUCAGAGGGUGAAUGGGCAAGACAAAAAGUUUUAAGUGCCUUUGAACGGAGUAUGGUAGUAGGUGCCAGGCACACCGGUUUGAGUGUGUCAAGAACUGCAACGCUGCUGGGUUUUUCACAUUCAACAGUUUACCGGGUGUAUCAAGAAUGGUCCACCACCUAAAGGACAUCCAGCCAACUUGACACAACUGUGGGACGCAUUGGAGUCAACGUGGGCCAGCAUCCCAGUGGAACGCUUUUGACACCUUAUAAUCCAUGCCCCGAUGAUUUGAGGCUGUUCUGAGAGCAACGUCGCUGCACAACUAUUUUCAGGUCUCUCCAGAGAUGUUCGAUCGUGUUCAAGUCCAGGCUCUGGCUGAGCCACUCAAGGACAUUCAGAGACUUGUCCCAAAGCCACUCCUGAGUUGUCUUGGCUGUGUGCUUAGGGUCAUUGUCCUGUUGGAAGGUGUCAAUGGUGGGACCUUAUAUAGACAGGUGUGUGCCUUUCCAAAUCAUGUUCAAUCAAUUGAAUUUACCACAGGUAGACUCCAAUCAAGUUGUAUAAAUGGAAACAGGAUGCACCUGAGCUCAAUUUCGAGUCUCAUAGCAAAGGGUCUGAAUACUUAUGUAAAUAAGGUAUUUCUGUUUUUUUAUUUUUUAAAUAAAUUCCGCUUUGUCAUUAUGGGGUAUUGUGUGUAGAUUGUAUUAAUUUUUUAAUCAAUUUUAGAAUAAGGCUGUAACGUAACAACAUGUGGAAAAAGGGAAGGGGUCUGAAUACUUUCCGAAUGCACUGUAUAUAUAAUUUAUUUAUGUUUUCGUUUGGGGAAAAAAUAACACCCCUUGUGUGCACUGCCGGUUAUACCGCAUACCCCGGUAUGGUACAGGAACGGUAUGGAAAUCUGUAUACCACCCAACCCUACCUUGGACCCUGUUUGAAUAUUUGGAAAAAUCGCUUGGGUAUAGGAGUUUUGUGGAGUGUAGGGUAUUAUUGAGUCCUAAGCCCUGAUUGGUCCUCCAGAAGACUACAGCCGCAUACCAGGCAUGCCUUUCAAAGUUCACCCUGCUGCACAGUGGCAGUAGAAAUACUUCACCACCUGACACUAUAUGCUUCUAUAAUUUAUCCUCGUAAUAAUGAUUUACUAGAGGUGGACAACCUCUGGGUUGUCAGGGCAAAAAUAGACUCCUCACUCAGUAACUCAACAGUCUUAGUCUAUGUUCUACUCCAUACAAUGAGAUGUUGUGUGUCAGAUGAUGUCAGUCCCGAGCCUGUGUGCAUGUCUGUGUCUAUUAAACAGCUCGAUCGUUGAGGUUUAGAAUGCAGAAACAGACUGGCACUGGCAGAAUAACCUAUUCCAAACAUCUUUAACAGAUUAAUUUUUCGGUAGAAGCAAAAUGUUAUUAUGAAUUAACAUAUUACCAUUUAAUUGAGAAGUACCUGGUAAGCCCCGCACUGUAAAAUAAUGAGUCACUUUUUUUGUCUUCCUACGUGUCUCCCUCUACAGUACCCUGACCAAGACUCUGAAGUAUGUGUACAGUCAGUAUGGGGUGAAGAAGGGUCUGUACAGAGGCCUGUCUCUCAACUACAUCCGCUGUGUGCCCUCUCAGGCUGUGGCCUUCACCACCUAUGAGUUCAUGAAGCAAACCCUCCACCUCAACUAGCUGCUCCCUCCCCAUCCACCUCCACCCUUCAUCUCUGCAUUGCUGGAUUGGGGCACGUUCACUAGGGCUAGACGUUAUGAAAUGUUUAGAAAGAUCCCUAGUAGCUGUCUAUCUCAAAACAGACUGACCGAGAGCGUUCGCUGGGGCUAUACAUUCUGAAAUGUUUAGGAACUUCCUUAAACUCCCUGCAUCUCAACAAAACCUGACUGGGGAACUAUUAAUUGUAAAUUUUUCAAAACGUCUCUCAGUCCCAUGAAUAUUCCUUAUUAGAUGUGUUCAUUUACCCUAGUAAACUUUUUUUCUGUUUUAAGGAGGUCGGCUUCCGCUCUGAGGUAUUGAUCCCUACUACCAGAGGAGGCCAUUGUGGCUCAGCCACUGGAGCCAUGCUGAGCCCAGUCGCUCUUUGCCCCAGUCGGAAAGCAAAUGAAGGCACUGGGCCCCAUGGCAAUGCCUCAAAACAACUGCCAGUGCCAAUCCACAGCCCCUGUCUGUCUCAGCUCCUGCUUUUGUGACUCUCUCCACCUCUUAUAAUGUUGUUCUAAAACCGCCCAACCUGUGGCUUUGGACAACACCCCGGCAACUAUUGCCAUGGAUACCUAUGGACAAUGACUCACUCUGCUUCGAUGGGUGGCUAUGGGCAAUGAACCCCUAACGACUGUCGUUGGUAAUGCCAUAGCAACCCAAUUCUAUACACUGCCUCCCACCCUACCUAAGAAGUCACCCAGCCAAUAACAGAGGGGAAAGUCACACCGGACAAUCUGCCUUGACAAAAUCUGAGGUCUUAUGUUGCUCAUGUACCUACCUGACACUGUUGUGAGUACAAACCUAGACACAUAAAACAAUGAGACAAGGAUUUAAAUGUGUAAUAUGUCUGUUAUAGGACAACUCUCCUACAUUUUAUGAGAAUUAAGAACACUCUCCCCAAGCUUGUGUUGAACACAUAACUGUGCUUUUUGAGCAUCCUGAGUUUAGUAGAAUCCCAAUGAUAAAAUCCCAAAACAUCACAUCAGUUUGUUCAAAACUGAACAUCAAAUUGUAUUAUUUUGAUGAUCCCCAAAAAGUAUUAUUGUCAGACAUCGAAACAGGUUUGCCCCAUGCAGUUUAACAGAUAUAACAGGUGUGUAUCUGUAGGAGUGUUGUCUUUGGUAUUGAUGUGCGUGUGUUUGUCUCCAUUCAGGGUUUAGUGUAUAGUACGUCUCUUCUAUACUGUGCAGGUUUGGGGUCCAAUGCCUUGUUGUAUACAAGCUGCUGUUUGUGUGUUGUGUUCUUAUCUACAAUGUCUCUGUGCACUCUUUUACCCAUAUAACCAACAGACCAAUAUAUCUAUCAUUGCAACAGACACAUAGGACACAUAGUGUCUAAAAUGCCAACCUAUUCCCUAUAUAGUGCAC